AUGAAAUUCGUUGAUCACCCUAAUAUAAUCAAAUUGUUCCAUGUCUUGGAAACCACUGAACACAUCUACUUGGUUUUGGAAUAUGCCUCUAGGGGUGAUCUGGCUAGUCGUAUCUUAGAAGUGGACCAUAUGCCGGAAGUGGAGGUCCGGCACGUAUUCACACAACUGGUCUGUGCUCUUAAAUACUGCCACGAGAAUGAUAUUGCACAUAGGGACAUCAAACCAGAAAACAUUCUGAUAGAUGCAAAUAAGAAUGUUAAGCUGUGCGAUUUUGGCUUAGCCAUCAAUGUGAGUACUGAGCCAGAGUCAACAGUGUUCUGUGGCACCCUUCCCUAUUGUGCCCCAGAGCUCUUCAGCAGCCAAGGCUAUGAUCCCAGGGCACUUGACAUCUGGAGCAUGGGAGUGGUUCUAUAUAUCAUGGUGACAAAGCACUACCCUUUCAAAGGAAAAACUUAUAAUCAGAUGAAGAUCAGAAUGCAGAAGCCACAUUGCUACAUUCCACCAAAGCUCCCAGUGCACAUUGCCAGUCUCAUCGUCAAGUUGUUCACUACCAACCCCAGGCAGAGGCCCAAGAUACAUGACGUUAUGGAACAUCAGUGGCUCAAAGGCAGUGACGAAUUUUCAAAAGCUACCCUGUCCCUAGAACCACUCCCCAGAAAGACCAACCACAGUAUUAUGGCAGCCAUGUGGGGCAUGGGCUAUAGCCCCAAGGACAUUAGUUACCCUUUAUGUGAAAAAAAAUUUGAUAGUGUCAUGGCAACUUACUUAAUAUUAAAACAUCAGUCAGGCAGGGUGGACAACUCCAACCAUAAUGAAAAGCUCAUGCAGCCCAAUACUGCCAUGGCACCCGCAGAUCCUCCCACCUGCCAUUACUUCCUGAAGAGCAUAGGGAGUGAGCCCGACAAUCCCACCUCUAUGCUGCCAGCAAAAUAUACAUUUCAUGGUAAUAACAAACUCGUAAAAAAGACAAAGAGAAAAAAUCACAGCAUGCCUGCCAUCCACAGCUGCCAACAAAAAAGCCAACCUCACUCCACAGGUGUGCAGUGUGGUCCUUUGCGACAUGACCAUGAACAGCUACUGAGACGUAGCCUGCAGAAGAUAAAGAGGGUAUCCAAGAGUAUGUACUGUGGUCCUGUGCAGAACAAACAUGAUGAGCAACUGAAUAGCAGCCUGCAAAAGAUAAAGAGGUUCUCCAAGAACAUGUCCUGUGGUCUUGUGAAGCAGAACCAUGAUGAACAACUGACUAGCAGCCUACAGAAGAGAAGCAGGGGUUCCAAGAGUGUGUUCUGUGGCCCGGUGCAGCAUGACCUUGAGCAGCACAUGGAUAUUCAUUCUGAAAACCACAUCACCCAGGUGGAGGCCCAGAAUGAAAAUCCCCAUCAGAGCAGCUCAUUCCUCCAGCAUACACCAUCUUCGAGGAUCUCUGAAGAGGGACUUGAGGCUGUGACCACUACAGAUGCUCAUCAGGACAAGAGCUUGACCCCACAGGAAACAUCGGAACCAAACCUCACCAGUGCCCAACCCCAGAGAGUGACCAUAGCCCCACCUCGCGUAUGGGGUGGAUGGAAGCAGGUAAAGAGGGGACUAGUGAAGGGCUUACGAAGAUUAUGCUGCUGCUUGCCAGCUGAGAGAAGAAGCUGCACUUUCCAGAGAAGAGUGGCUCCACAGGAAGGAGGGGACAAUCAAAUCACAUAA